AGCAGCAAGGUCGUCUUUGGCCGGUGGACCUCGGCAUCUUUCCCAGCACCAUCCAGCCACCUCGCACGGUUCUCACAACACAUAGUGAAGCAUUCCAGGCCCAUUUCCCACCCCCGCGUUCCCGUUCAAACGUCACUAGCAGCUAGGGCCCGAACCGAGGCUCGCUGACUGGCGGAAUAUCCGCGGACUGCACACCUAUUGUGGAAGAACAGAAGCAAGCAACUGACUGGCCCGGCUCAGCUUUCGCCGGAAUUCAUGUAUGAUUCUCCCUCGCCUGGGACCUAAACGGCGACCACAUUCGAUCAGCAAAACCAAUCGCCCUGCCUGCCUACUGCCACAGCUCGACAUCGAGUCUCUGCGCAUCGUGAGAUCUCGGAACGACGCGUCCAAUUGGAGCAGUGGUGGACGGACGAGACGGCAACAGGAGCCUUCUUCAUUACGCACACCAUGGCGGGACGUGUACGGCACCCAAUCGACCAGAAGGCUCUGGAACGGUACAUCGACGAGCAUGUGCCACAGAUCAAGACGCCCUUGGAGAUCAAACAGUUCGGCUUCGGCCAGUCGAACCCGACAUACCAACUAACGGACGCGACCAAUGCCCGCUUCGUGCUGCGCAAGAAGCCCCCCGGCAAGCUCCUCUCCAAGGCAGCGCAUAAGGUCGAACGCGAGCACCGCAUCAUCGCCGCCCUCGGCCCCACCGACGUACCUGUGCCCCGGGCCUACUGCCUCUGCGAGGACGACUCGGUCGUCGGCACGCCCUUCUACAUCAUGGAGUUCCUCGACGGCCGCAUCCUCGAGGACCCGGCCAUGCCCGAGGUGAGCUCGCCCGAGGAGCGCAGGGCGCUAUGGAGGGCCGCGACGACGACGCUCGCGCGGCUGCACCGCGUCACGCCGGCGGGCGUCGGGCUCGAGGGGUUCGGCAAGGCGAGCGGGUUCUACGACCGCCAGGUCCGCACGUGGACGACCAUUUGCGAGAGCCAGGCCGCCGCCGUCGACCUCGAGACGGGCGAGAAGGUCGGCGAUCUGCCGCACUUUGGGGAGAUGGUGCGGUUCUUCGGGGACGGGGCCGCGCAGCCGCAGGACCGGGCGACGCUGAUCCAUGGGGAUUACAAGAUUGACAACAUUGUCUUUCACAAAACGGAGCCGAGGGUCAUUGGAAUUCUGGACUGGGAAAUGUCCACCGUGGGCCACCCCCUCUCGGACUUGUGCAACUUCCUACACCCGUACUUCACCGCCUCGCGCGCCGGCAGCGGCAUCUACGCGCACGACGGAUUCCUCCCCGGCGCCACGCCGGGUUUGCCGACGACGGAGGAGAUUGUGGGCUGGUACGCCGCCGAGGCUGGGUGGUCACCCGCGCCGGAGCUCAACUGGGGCAUGGCGUUCAGCAUGUUCCGGCUCGCGGCCGUGUGUCAGGGCAUCGCGGCGCGGGCGGCGCGCGGGCAGGCGAGCAGCGAGCAGGCGCGGAGGUUCGCCGUCACGAGGGGCCCGUUGGCGGAGUUUGCGUGGGAGCUCGUCGGGAGGAGCCGUGGCGAGGGGGGGGAAGGUGGCAAGGCGAAGUUGUAA